UGAAAGGGGAGGAUUAUGUGAGGCAGAGGAGACCUGCAGAUUAACAGGAUGAUAACCAAAUGAUGACCCAAUAAUGCAGGGUUCCACCUAAUGGCUGCUCCUUGAGACGAAAAUCAGAACAGUAUCUAUAGAUGCACCUUCCAGUGCCAAUAUGGAGCCCCUGGACCGAGCUUUGGUUUCUGAAAAAAGGGUUGGACGACACUAUAUUUCCAAAGCCAAGAUCACGGCAUUGUUCACCAACACCAAAGGUACGCGUAGAGAACCUUCAGGGAAACUACAAGAUGUAUUACAACUCUCGGAUAGAUCAAAAAUAAGUCAGUGUAUUCAGAAAGCAAGAAUCACUGGAAUUUUUCUUCAGUCUGGAGAACGUAGUCAGGCAGAAGAUACUCUGUCCGAAUCUGGAGCCACAGUAGAUUUGGAUUGCUUGGUGCCUACAUAUGAUGGGCAAGGAAGACCGAUACCAGAAUGGAAGAGGCAGGUGAUGGUGCGUAGAUUGCAAUCUCACCUGGAAGAAGAGACCAAACCGGGAGAAUUACGUUAUUCUCAUGCACGGAGUGCCCUCCUGGGUCCAUAUGGUGAGUUAGUUACUGAGGAGGAGCUCAGUGUAUUCGAUGGACAGAUGGAAGAACUUCGUCGUCGCAGAGAAUGUCAGCAAUAUGAGAAGGAAUUAAAGAGGCAGGUUAAAAAGCUACAAGCUCGUCUCCCAACACCUCUGAUUAAUGUCUGCAUCAAUACUGAACUUUUGCAGCAGACGGAGGAUCCAGAGUGGUGUCAGUGUAUGUCAGAUGUGAUCAGUAGUAUCUCAACUCUUCUGUCCUCCACUAAUGGUACAUCAAAUACGACUAAGGAGAUACAAAGGAAUCUUGUUACUCCAAGAAAUCGGUCUCCUUCACCUUCUCCAAUAAGAGAGCUUUUACAGUGUGGGGUAUCCGUACGUAGAUUAAAGGUUCAGUUUGAGAGGCAACAGCAACCACGUGGUGAAUCUCCAGUCAAAUCUUCUAAAGUUAAGAGAGAACCAGAAGACACUAGUGAUUCUGGGAUAAGUUCAGAGGAAUCUCCUUCGCUCCGUGGGUCUCCUGUCCCAUCUAGGACAUUAAGGAAAGAACGCAUUGUCCUCUUGUUUUUAAGCCACUGGAAGAGGUCAGCGUAUUCUGUGCAUGCUGCACUAACAACUACAGAGACCACAAAUUCACAGGAUUCUGUAAAGGACAAUCAUGUCCAGGCUGUAGGGCAUUCUACUGAUAGUCCCAAUAUUAUGCAAACAAUAGAGAACAUGGACUCAAACAAAGGUAAUACAUCUGAUGAUGGAACAUCCAACAAGCAACCUCUUAAAAAUGAAUCAUCAGGAAGGACCCAUCAAAUCAUGUUACACAUCGAGGGAAAAGACAUGGAAUCCCUAAACACUGAGGAUAGCGAUGAACUUAGAAGUGUUAAAGAUUCUUUAGAAGGAGACGAUCCCCCCCGUGUAGGUGGAAUUCUGGAAACUCUACUGAAGCAAAGAACCACAGUUCAACGUCUUAUUGGAAGCUGGCGUUCAGUAUCCCCAAAUGUCCCCACUUCUUCUGGACAUUCAACAACUCACCAGGCACCUGAGCACCUGCUGGCAACAUCUAGUGACCAGACACCUAUCAAUCAUGACAGUCUUACUCUGGACUUGUUUAUGUUGGGAUACUUUAGACUUCUUGAGCAGGAUCUACCAGAAGAGGAAAGGCGGAUGAGGCAUCUGCUUUGUUUUGAAGUUUUUGAUCAGUUGGGACGUUAUGGCUGGUCGACCGCUAGAGAAUUUCACUGCACUGUCCUACAGGAGAUAGCCACAGGAAGGCGCACUUGGUCUGAUGGUUUUGAGGACAUCAAAUCUCGAUUUUUUGGUCCUGGGGCAGAGCAAGUGAGGCAAAACAGAAAUCACCAAAUUUCUGAUAGCCAUGAUAUAUGUCAAUGUAUUGAGCGUAGCUUUUCAUUCUGGAAAGAGAAGGAAGCUGAAAUAUUUGGCACAGACUCAUAAAAAAUUGUCAUUAAUGGGAGCAAUUUAGUUCUACGUAUAAUUUCACAGUUACUUCUUUCUGAAUUUAAAACCUAUUAGAGAACAUCAACACCAUUUGUUCAUUAAAAGGCAAACCGUAAUAGCCUUAUAUUUGACUCAAAAAACUUUUCUCAAUACACUAUUUGCCUUUUUCUCGUAAUGUAUUGUGGUUAUUGGCUAUAUGAUAAGGGUGGUAAGGAAGAUUUCAUAAUAAUAUAUCAUCUACUGUAAAAUGUUUUAGAUGACAAAAAAUAUAAACCGUUUCGGCAAAUCUAGUCUGACGAUAUUCUAAAAUAGUCCCUGGCCAUAUCUUAUAUGAAUGAUAGCCUUAUGCCUAUCCCUAUCCUAUAUGAAGGAUAACUUUAUGCCUAUCCCUAUGUUAUAUGAAGGAUAGCCUUAUGCCUAGCCCUGUCUUAUAUGAAUGAUAGCCUUAUGCCUAUCCCUAUCUUAUAUGAAUGAUAGCCUUAUGCCUAUCCCUAUCUUAUAUGAGUGAUAGCCUUAUGCCUAUCCCUAUCCUAUAUGAAGGAUAGCCUUAUGCCUAUCCCUAUCUUAUAUGAAGGAUAACCUUAUGCCUAUCCCUAUCUUAUAUGAAUGAUAGCCUUAUAUCUAUCCCAUACAUGCUUAAACUCCUUCACUGUAUUUGCAGCUACCACUUCUACAGGAAGGCUAUUCCAUGCAUCCACUACUCUCUCAGUUAAGAACGGUAAUACUUCCUGAUAUUACUACAUAAGCAUAUGCUCCCCUUAUUUAAAACAAUGUCUGCUUGUGUUUUUUUUCCCCCCCAUGACCAUGUAAGAUGUGUUAUUUACUAUACAGUAUAUUGAUACAAUUAGGGGGGCAAUGCUUUUAUGGGGGAGGGGGUAAAUUAGAUUAUUGGAUUUUGCUAACUGUAAUUUUUUUUAUCUUUCAGUAUGGGAGCCAAAUCCAAUUUCCCCAUAAAAGUAUGAUGUAUAUCCGUAUCUGUCUGUUUAUCUAUUGUAUAACUGGAUACAUGUAUUUUGCAUGCAAAUCCGCUAAUGUAAAACAUAAAUUCACUUUUGAAUGUCAUUUCAUAUUGCAACCAGAAAAUCACUUGCAACAUCUACUAAAGCUAAGAGGAGAAAGUCAGAUAUAAAAGCAAAUAAAAAAGCAAGUGUUGGAGCUUGUCAUUGUGUCUUGA